AUCAUAUUUAUCAUCUGUUCCUUUAAUAAGCUCCACCUCUAACAGGGCAUCAUCUGACACAAAGCAGGAAACAGGUUCUUACUGUUCAGCUUCACUGGAAGGAGGCAGACAGACGGUAAGAUUUACCUUCAUUACAAAGCUGUGAUUUAAACUGAGAGAGGACAAUUACAGCAGGAAGCACUGAAGACCUGAAGUAGUGAAAUAGUUCAACUUCAACCUGCUGCUGACUGAGAAAACACGAGUCAAAGUGAAAGUAACUGAGACACUUACUACAGCAGGAAACACAACUGACUCCCUCUUUUAAUGUCUUGUCUGCUGUGUUUUUCUUUAAACAUUGUAAAGUAAACUGGUUGCUCAUUUUUCAGUUUGUCUGUUUGUUCUUUUUUCUUCUUCUAACUUUUCAUAAGUUGGUCCUGGAAAAAGAUAGUCCACCCAAAAUAUACUUUCUGCCUACACUAUUGCUAUGUGAACCUGAACUUCCUGCACAAUAAAAGAUCCAUUACAACAGAACCACGGAGCCUCUGAAUGACAGUUUAUUUUCUAAGCUUCAUAAAGGUCAUGAAGUUCUGUACUGUACAGAUAAAAUCAGAUAAAAUCUGUUAGUCUGUGACCUGUAGAUAUGAUGGCAGGUGUGUUUUUGAACACCGGAAUGAAACACACUGUGUUACAUGUGAAGCAGCAGCAUUUAUUAGAGGAGGUCUGACAAAGCUCCACCCCUCACCUGACUCACGUGAGACAAAGCAGGAAACAGUUUGUUCUUUGUUCUCUGAGGAGACACACAGACUGAAAAACAGACGAUCAGAUUCAGAUUCAGACCAAACUAACAACUUCCUCUGAGUGAGAACAGCUACAGGAGAGAAAAGUGGAAAACUAGAACUCUGCUGCUUCAACCUGCUGACUCUCCACAUACUGAAUCUUCACUUGGAGACAAAAUGUCUUUUAGAUCAGAGGAGGAUCUCCGCUGUCCAGUCUGUCAGGACGUUUUUAGAGAUCCUGUUGUUCUGUCAUGUAGCCACAGCUUCUGUAAAGACUGUCUGAAGAGCUGGUGGAGAGAGAAACAAACACGUGAGUGUCCAGUUUGUAGGAAAAGAUCUUCCAGGGAAGAACCACCUGUUAGUCUGGUGUUAAAGAACCUGUGUGAGUCCUUCUUACAGGACAGAGAUCAGAGAGCUUCAGAGGCUCUCUGCAGUCUGCACUCUGAGAAACUCAAACUCUUCUGUCUGGACCAUCAGCAGCCAGUGUGUGUCGUCUGCAGAGAUUCAGAACAACACACCAACCACAGAUUCAGACCCGUCGAUGAAGCUGCACGACAACACAAGAAGGAACUUGAAGAAACUCUGAAGCCCUUAAAGGAGAAGUUAAAGGUUUGUGAACAAGUUAAAGUGAAGUUUGAUCAAACAGCAGAACACAUUAAGGUCCAGGCUCGACACACAGAGAGACAGAUUAGGGAGCAGUUUAAGAAGCUUCACCAGUUUCUAGAAGAGGAAGAGGAGGCCAGGAUGGCUGCUCUGAGGGAGGAAGAGGAGCAGAAGAGUCAGAUGAUGAACGAGAAGAUGGAGGCUCUGAGCAGAGAGAUAGCAGCUCUUUCACACACAGUCAGAGCCACAGAGGAGGAGCUGAGAGCUGAAGACGUCUCAUUCCUGCACAACUACAAGGCUGCAGUGGAAAGAGUCCAGCGCUGCCCCCUGCUGGAUGAUCCACAGCUGCUCUCAGGAGCUCUGAUAGACCAGGCCAAACACCUGGGCAACCUGACCUUCAACAUCUGGAACAACAUGAAGGAGAUGGUCUCCUACACUCCUGUCAUUCUGGAUCCAAACACUGCUUAUCCACAACUCAUCUUGUCUGAAGAUCUGACCAGUGUGAGACUAGGAGAGAGACAGCAGCUUCCUGAUAAUCCAGAGAGGUUUAACUUCUACUCUGUUCUGGGCUCUGAGGGCUUUAAUUCAGGGUCUCACAGCUGGGAUGUCGAGGUUGGAGACAAUAAACACUGGAGACUGGGUGUGUUAUCUGAGUCUGUCCAGAGGAAGGGAGGCAUACGGUCUGGAUUAUGGAGAAUAGGGUUCCAUGAUGAUAAAUACUCAGCAUGGUCACCACCAGCUACAUCCACUGAUCUCCCAGUGAAGAAGAAGCUCCAGAGGAUCAGAGUAAAUCUGGACUGGAACAGAAGAAAUCUGUCAUUCUCUGAUCCUGAUACUAACACACACAUACACACCUUCACACACAUUUUCACCGACAGACUGUUUCCAUACAUUAACACUGUGAAUGAACUGAAGAUUUCCCCACUGAAGGUCUCUGUGACAGUAGAACAGAGCAGUUAGAGACGAUGAUGAUGGUUCUUAUAAUUACUCUCAUUUAAUUC